UUCGAGGAGUCCGCGCGUGUCGGGGGCUGCUCCUGACCAACCCUUUAGUUUCAGUCUUCGUGAGUGUUCCCUGAGUGGUUCUAAUCCGAGCUCCGCGGCCCCGCGGGUACCUCCGGGCUCUGCCUUGGGCCCACGUCCUCUGGAGGUCUCGACCGUUUUACAGGCGGCUCGCGGCGGCCGGGCGUAGGUCUCUGGACCGGCUCGAUAGAGUUGAGACCCGCGAGGCUGCCGCUCUGAGGAGAGCACCGCAGUGCUGCCGCCGCGCCCGAGCGCCGACGUCACCGCCCCCGCCGGCCAUUGGCCGCCUCGCUCGCGCUUGGCCCUUCAAACGCUUUGUCCGUGGCCGCUGACAACGACUGCUGGGCGGGCUCCUAUUCCGGAGGGAGUCGCUCUGCUCCCCCACGUUUCCUCCGAGACUGCCCACCAUAAGGCAGCCACAACCCUGGAAAGCCAGAGACUUGCCGGUGUUCCCCAAGAGGUUGAUCUGCAAGAAUCUCCUCCGGCUCUAGCCCUAAGCCUCGGUCGCGAGGCCCACUCCCGCCAGGUGGCGCUGCCGGGGUAUGGCCGCGGAGCAGCACGGGGCCUGGUUCGGCUUCGGUUUCUGCGGCUUCGGGCAGGAGCUGGGCUCCGGGCGCGGGCACCGGCACCAGGUGCACAGCCCCGAGCCGCUGCGGGCGGGCGUCGACAUCUGCCACGUGAGCGCGAGCUGGAGCUACACCUCCUUCCUGACCCGUGGAGGCCGCGUAGAGCUGUCCGGCUCCGCGAGCGGUGCGGCGGGCGGCUGCAGGGACGCGUGGGCCUCGGAGGGGCUCCUCGUGGUGCUGAGCGCCCAGCCGGGCCCCGGGCAGGGGUCCGGGGCGGUACUCCAGGCCUGGGCGCCCGACUCGGCGAUGCGUGGGGAGCCCCUCUGGGCCAAGAAUGUGUUGAUGCAGCCCGAGAGAGAAGACGAACCGGGCGGUGAGGCCCUGGCUGGGACGCUGCCGCUGCUGCCCUGCGCCCACGCCUACGUGGGCCCACGGCCGCCUUUCUACCGGCCUCUGGCCCCCGAGCUGCGGGCGCGCCGGCUGGAGCUGGGCACUGAGCACGCGUUGCUGCUGGGGGCAGAGGGCCAGGUGUUCUCCUGGGGCGGAGGCAGGCAUGGACAGUUGGGCCACGGGACUCUGGUGUCAGAACGGGAGCCAAGGCUGUUAGAGGCGUUGCAGGGCCUACCUAUGGCUGAGGUGGCCGCAGGUGGCUGGCACUCUGUGUGUGUGAGUGAGACUGGGGAUAUUUAUAUCUGGGGCUGGAAUGAAUCAGGGCAGCUGGCCCUGCCCACCAGGACCCUGGCAGAGGAUGGGAAGAUAGUCACAGGGGAAGCCACAGGACUGAAUGAAAGUGGUUCUGAAGUGAAGAGAACAGUCGGGAAUGAGGAUGGAGCCCCCGCCCCUUUCAUAGCUGUCCAGCCCUUCCCAGCUUUACUGGAUCUCCCCCUGGGCUCAGAUGCUGUCAAGGCCAGCUGUGGAUCCCGGCACACAGCUGUGGUAACACGAACAGGGGAGCUCUAUACCUGGGGCUGGGGUAAAUAUGGACAGCUUGGACACAAGGACACCACCAGCUUGGAUCAGCCCUGCCGUGUGGAAUACUUUGUAGAUAAACAACUCCAUGUAAAGGCUGUCACCUGUGGGCCCUGGAACACCUAUGUGUAUGCUGUGGAAAAAGGGAACAGCUGAUGUGUUAUGUUUCUCUCUAUAUAUUUUUUUACAUUAUGAAAUAUAUAGAAAAGUACCUAAAACAAAUGUGCACUAUAUGAAAAUUUAUAAAGCUCACACUUAUGAAAUUCCCAUUCAGAUCAAGGAAAACCACUGUCAGCACCCCAAAGUUGCUCCCCAUCAGUCCUGUCCCUUCACCUUGGAACAGGGUCCUUAAUUUGUCUGCACUUUAGAAACACCUGGAUAGCAUUGAAAACUGUAGAGAAUUCAUAAAGCAAAUGUACUUCACAGGGCCUGGUUUUCCAAAGCCUUGCAGUUUCAAAUACUGACCUUGCAAAGGACAGGAAAUUUUCCUCAGGUUAUAAAGUCUCUGGAGUAAGAUAAAGAAUUCUAUCGCUUCUCGGCCUUUUGGCUAAGAUCAAGUGAAGAUAAAGAAUUCUGACACAGCAAGGUUGCUGGCUCAAAGACCAGACUGGUUACUGAUUGAUAUGUGAAGUUACUGGGAAGCUGCUGGCCAGAGGGAGAAGGAAUGUUUGCUAAGAUCAAGCUUUUGUUAAUGGAUCACUUAUUGCCUUUAAUGGAAUGUCAUCUGACUUGUUUCACUGAAAGUUACCAGCCUAUAUUGUUAAACUGUAACCCCACCUCUGUCUCUUCCUGUAACUUCCUGGGCUGGAGAAUAAAUGCAGGAAGAGAUCCCCAAUUCGGGGUUAAUUUCCCAAGGAAGGAAUGCCUCUUGCUUGACGAUUCCGGGGAAGUUAACCACUUUGUGGCUUCUCACUGCUCAGAAGAGAUGGGCUUUGAGUAAUCUUUUGUGGCUCCGUCACCCAGGGGAAGUGGGGUGACAAAUCCGUGGGAGGCAAAGCAACAGAAAACUCUGCCCAAGGCCAGUAUUUCCGACCUCUGGAUGUGGUGCCUAGACAAUUGGUAGAUUUUAAAGCUCCUCCCACACCCCCAGGUGAUUCUGAUAUACAGCCAAGAUCGUGAACCACUAAUGUGAAAGAAAGUGAAUUCAUCAUUCACUUUCUGUUUUCAUUUAGAACUUGACAACCUGUGUAUC